UCUAAUCAGAACGAUCUCAAAAUGUGCGGCAUCUUAGCCAUUUUCUCGGCGAACGGAGAGGCGAUUGGAGCAACAAAUUUUCAGGGCAGCGAUCACAGUUUGCGGGAGUUGGCCUAUCGGCAGAGUGGGAAGCAACGGCAUCGUGGACCCGACGACACGGGCGUCCUGGUUAUAGAGGAACAGGGCGUGGCCUUGGUGCAUGAACGGCUGGCGGUCAUUGGCGUGGAGACGGGUCAUCAGCCGCUGGUGUCGCAAGACGGCAACGUUGCCCUGAUCGCCAACGGCGAGAUCUACAACUAUGUGGAGCUAGCCAAGCAGAUUGGUAAACGCUUGCCCGGCUAUCGGCCCAGGAGUGAUUGCAAUGUGAUCAUUGAGCUGUACGAGGAGCACGGCCAAGAGCUGCUCCAACACAUCACGGGCAUGUUCAGCUUUGUGCUCUACGAUCGUCGCAGACGCCAGCUGCUGGUGGCCCGCGAUCCCUAUGGCAUUAUUCCUCUCUACAUUGGCCAGGAUGCGCGGGGCAACUUGUGGUUCGCAUCGGAGAUGAAGUGCCUGAUGGGCGUGUGCGAGCGGUUGCAGAUCUUCCCACCCGGCCAUCUGGCAGCAGGCACAGUGCAGCAGCAGCUCCAGCCCGUGCGCUACCACAAUCCCAGCUGGCGGCAGUUGACGCCCACGCGACCGGUGGAUCUUCAAGAGCUGCGCCACCAACUGGAGCUGGCUGUACGCUCGCAUUUGCAGUGUGACGUGCCCUUCGGUGCGCUGCUCUCGGGCGGCGUGGACUCCAGCCUGAUAGCUUCGAUAGCUGCCAAGAUCAUGAGGGAACGGGACGCUAACUACAAGCUGCGUACCUUCUCGGUGGGCAUGCCCGGCUCGCCUGAUUUCGAGCAUGCACGUCUGGUGGCCCAGCACAUUGGCAGCCAGCACACGGAGAUCAGCUUUACGGUGGAGGAUUGCCUGGAUGGGCUGCGCGAUCUGAUCUAUCACCUGGAAUCAUACGAUAUAGCCACUGUGCGCUGCAGCCUGCCCAUGUUCUACCUGGCCCGCCAUGUGAAGAGCACCGGCAUCAAGAUGAUCCUAUCGGGCGAGGGCGCGGACGAGAUCUUUGGUGGGUAUCUCUACUUCCACAAGGCGCCCAACUACGAGCAGUUCCAUGAAGAGAUGGUAACGAUCUGCGAACGACUGCAUGUCUCCGAUAUAUUGCGUGCCAACAAGGUGACCAUGUCCAAGGGAUUGGAGCUGCGUGUGCCCUUCCUGGAUACCCAGCUGGUGAACCAUGUGAUGAGCAUACGUCCGCAGGACAAGAUACCAGGUGCUCUCAAUGAGUUCGGGGGAGAACGAAAGUGGCGCAUGGAGAAGUUUGUGCUUCGCAAAGCUUUUGCUGGAGAUUAUCUGCCAGAUGCUGUGCUCUGGCGCCAAAAGGAACAGUUCUCGGAUGGCGUGGGCUACGCCCUCAUCGACGCCCUGCCGGAGUUCGCAGCUCGUCACGUGACCGAUGCGCAGCUCCAAGCGGCAGAGCAACGUUUUCCCAUCAAUCCGCCCAAAACAAAGGAGGCCUACUACUAUCGCUGCAUCUUCGAGGAGCAGUUCCCUGGCGACGCAGCUGCCAGCACUGUGGCGAAGUGGACGCCACGCCAGGACUGGGGUUGUCCAGAGGAUCCGUCAGGGCGGGCACAGGCGGCCCAUAAUCAAGCCUAUGGCAAGUGUUAAAUAUUUGUAUUAAUUGUUUUCCAUUUCUCGAUAUUGUUUA